AUGGUAAGGAGGAGCAACAGCGGUGGCUCGUUCAAGUUCAACGUGGCGGCGCCAGAAUUUGUGCCGACUUUGACUCCGGCACCAGCACAGGCCCACGUGCCAAUAACGGGCUUUUUUUAUCCAUGUUUUCAGCCCAUUGAUGGCACCACCGGAAGUUGGAUUUACGUGACGGAUCAAGAAAUAGCGAUGCCGUUGGUCCACCCCAAGCCCAAUAAUGAUGACAAAGUAGGCUCGCCGCAAAACAAACAGCCACCACCUAAGGAAAUCGCCAUUUCUGAAGAGAUUAAGCGCAAGAUAAUCAAACAGAAGCUCAAAUCGAUGAACGUGAACAAUCAGAUGGUGGCGCAGGCCCUUCGUUUGUCUUCUAAAUUGGUAGUGAGUAGUGACGGCAAGAAGGUGAAACGGAAGAUCCCCUUCACCGAGAAAGAAAAAGAGGAGCUACAGAUGAGGACAGUUAUAGCCGAAAACCUACCGGACGACCACUCUCAUCAGAAAAUCGAGAAAAUGUUUAAUGUGGUCGGGAGCAUCAAGUCUAUUAGAAUAUGCCAGCCACAGGAACACAAUGCUUCGCGGUCUAACAAGUCUGAUGUAGUUGUCAGUCAUAAGCUCCAUGCGCUGGUAGAGUAUGAGACUGCUGAAACAGCUGAGAAAGCGGCAGAGAAGUUAAACGAUGAAGGGAACUGGAGAAAAGGCAUGCGAGUGAGGCUUAUGCUUAAGCGUUCGAGUAACCCGCAACCUAAGACUGUGGUGAAGAGCCGAAAGCCCGAAACUUUUGAUGCUUGUGUAGACGACAAUGGGCCGACCCAUCAUUCACCAGAAGAUACCUCUCGGUAUAACACCUCAGAAACCGAGUCGGAUGACAAUUCAAAGAGAAGUUGGAGUAGAAACAGGGCCAAGUCCAAGCACCGUCCACUUCAGGGGGCCCGAAGCCUGCCCACACCAUCGUCACACUCGAUGGGCUCGUGUCCGGGCCAGCAGCCCAAGAAGGGCCCAAGAAUGCCUGAUGGCACAAGAGGCUUCACGAUGGGCAGGGGAAAGCCUCUCAUCGUCCCUGUACUGUCCAGUUAA